AUGUACCAGGAGGAACAUUAUAAGGCCACUGGGCCCGGUAUAGUUAACAAAUUCUAUCAAUUAAUGCCACAGGGUUGCAUUUCUGGGCUGGAUGAGUGGUUCCCGGAAAUUCAGAAGUGCAUCUGGCUCUACCCAACAGCUCUGAACUAUUACGAUGCUAAUACAACUUGUCAAUCAAUGUCCAAAACUCUCAUCAACAUGGAAACUCCUGCAAAACUCCAGUUUGUCAAAAACUUGAUGGAUUUGAUGGGAUAUUUCUGGAUUCACUCAUAUGCACGAAGAGAAAGCGAGAACUCGUACAGCUGGAAAUCUGGUUCUCCCGUUACACAAAACUGGUGCCCCGGCCAGCCAGAUGGCGAUUUUUCUUGUGUAGGACUAGACAUAAAGUUAGAUGCCUGGUGUCCAAUUGGAGGUUUCGACGAUAUAAUUUGUUCAGAUACAAGACAUUUCUUCUGUGAAUAG